AUGGGUCCUGUAUUUGGGGUCAGUGAUUAUUGGUACAGACAGGAGUUUGCCAAAUUGCGUGGUAUGGUUCACUGGCAUGGUCUUUGCUGGAGACAGGACAGGCAGCCUCAUAAUCUGUUACAUGCUGCUGUUCAAGAGGGUCUUUCUGACAGUAUGUGUGCUGAGCGGUUAGCUAAGUGGGCAUCAUCUGAGAUAAGUCUUUCAGCGAUGCAUCCAGCAGGGUCAGAUUCACAUGGACAUCCAAGAAAAAAUUUAUGGCCACCACCGGAAGGAUCAGCACCAGCACCUGAUGAGGAGAAAAAUCCCCUUGUGAAGUUGUUGAUGGAUGUGAGCUCACUUGAGGACUAUUUACUGCUUACAAACAGAGUUAGCUUGCACAGAUGCUCAGACUACUGUCUAAGAACAAAACAAUCAAAUAGCUCUUCAUCCAGAGUAUGCCGUAUGGACUUUGGAACUGAAAAUAAUCCUGGAAAACAUGUUCAUGACCAUGCAGAAAUUGUAAAGGACAGAAAUCGUUCUUUGAGGCUUGAAAUGCCUAGAGAUCAUCCGGCUCUUGUUCAGAACUCCAGAUAUCAUACUCAAGUUUGGUGGGCUAAUGGAGAUAUUUCUUUCAUUCUUUCCAAAAGUAACCCCGAAAACCUAUCAGUUGAUGAAAUUUUAGCAACUGAGAAGUACAUAACUGGGUAUGCCUGCAAAGGUAAUGAGCCAACAGGGGCUAUGGCAGACCUUUUUAAUGAUAUUGUCAACUCUUCAGAUGAGGAAAGUGCAACAGGAAAAUCAGUUUGUAGACAACUUCUUAUGAAUACGGUAAAACGUGACGUUUCUGCAGCUGAAGUAUCAUUUGAAUUGUCAUCACUGCCUUUGUAUAGAUGUAGCUAUAGUUUUCAAAACAUCAGUCUUUCUGGUUGUAGGGUUUUAGAAAAAAAUGGUAGCACAGCCACCAAAAACACAGCUUUAGACAAUUACCUUAGUCGCGAUGAGAAUGACAUCUCGUCCUUCUACCAGUUUGUUUGUAAUCGUGGUAGAGUUCCAGUGCUAGCAGGCAACAAUGCCAGAGCAUCAUGGCCGCUGGAUGACAACUACUGUCGUUCAAUGCUUAUACUCCAUUGGCCUAACAGGCGAAAAAUAGAGCAAAUUAAAACUGACAAGACCUGGACAGAGAUAAUGCACGCGUUUCUCAACACAGAAGCCUGUCCCAAUUUUUUGAAGGCUGAUGUUGAGAGAGCUAAAAAGAAAUACUUUGAAAAUGUAUGCUAUAAUAAUGAUGAUGAUACUGAUAGCAACUCUUCGACAACAAAUGAUGAUAUUGACUCUCCUGACUGGGUUGAACUUAUUUGCCCAAACCAAAUAACCGAUUUCCAGUCAGAUUUCAAGUAUGAUGAUGGUGGACCAGAUUAUGAUUGGAGUGCCAAGCUCUAUGCUUAUCCUAUUCAAAAAUGCCAAGACUGGAUUGAAAACAUAAAUCAAUCAGCAGAAGUAAAUGUAACUGAGCUGAUUCUUCCUGAUGUAGACUUGAACAUGAUAAAUAGUAAUCAGAAGUUUGCCUUUGACAUUACUAUGUUAACGUUGUCAAACUAUGUUAAAAACGAUACAGAUUUUGAACCACUUCGCCUCAUUGUUAGUGGAACAGCGGGCACUGGCAAGUCCUUUCUUAUAAAAUGCUUGGUAAAAGCUAUACGAAGCCUUUUUCAAACAAAUAAAUCUGUGCAAGUUGUGUGUCCAACUGGUAACAGUGCCAACAUUAUUUCUGGUGUCACACUUCACAGUUAUCUGAAAGUACCAACAAAGAAAAGAGGAAAAGACAUGACACCACCAGAUGGCACAAUUGGCGAAUGCCUGCAGUCAAACUGUGAAGGCUUAGAGGCUUUGCUUGUGGAUGAGAGAUCACUAAUUGGAACCAAUACUCUAGGAUGGAUGGAAUAUAUGUGUCGACAUGGUGUGCAUAAAGGCUCAAAAUCACACCUAUCUUGGGGCGGUUUGCCAGUUGUGAUUUUUUUUGGCGAUGAUGUACAGUUACCACCUGUAUUGGACUCACCUGUAUAUAACAACAAAAGUCAGUCACCUGCAUCCAGACAUGAAGAACUUGUUUGGCAGGACUUUCAGUAUGCUGUAACCCUUUCAACUAUAGUGAGACAAAGUGCUGAUCAGAAAAACUUAAGAGACCUUCUUAUGGCCAUAAGAGAGUACAAAGCCACACCGCAGCAAGCUUUAUGGUUACAGAGGUUUCAAUGGAAAAAUUUGCAGAAUUCAUAUGGUGAUGAACUGUUAAACAGGAUGAGUGAAAAUGGUCUAUUUGUCUUUCCAUGUCAUGAGGAAGAAUGGCAACACAACAAACUCAAACUUUUAGAGGCAAAUACAGUCCAUCCCGUUGCCAAGCUGAAUGCAAUUUGUCAUGGUCCUCAUUCAAAAAGUGAAGGACAAGACAAAUCUGGUGGUAUUCAGCAGACACUGUUUCUUUGCAAAAAGGUUAAAGUCAUGCUCUCUAUUAAUCUUUGUGUGCCUUAUGGUCUUUUCAAUGGAGCCAGUGGUACUGUCAUAGAUAUUAUAUAUGAAGCAGACCAGCGUCCAUCAAAUGCAUUACCAAAAGUAGUAUUUGUUGAGUUUCUUUCAUACACAGGUCCUGCAUUUUUACCUGAAAAUCCAAAUAUUGUACCAAUAGUUCCAGUUGAACGCAAGGUUGACUGUCGUAGAACACAAAUUCCUUUACGUUUAGGAUUGGCCACAGUUGUGCACAGGUGUCAGGGAAUGGCUUUAGGCUAA